AUGGAGUACAUUAACAACAUCCUCGGGAGCCAGGCUCAGAGUCAGCUGGUAGAGGAAGCAAUUCCCACGCUAUGUAAUCGAUUGCAACAUGCAACCAUGAUUUCAGAUCGAAGAUCAGCCGUUUUGGGCUUGAAAAGUUUCAGUAGACAAUACCGAGAGACUGUUGUUGAGUAUGGGUUGAAGCCUUUGAUAUCAACGCUAAAGAAAGACUACGAUAAUGUAAAUAUAGUCAAAUCUAUAUUGGAAACGUUUCUCAUUUUGUUCAUCCGCGGCGAAAGUAAUGAAGAUUUAACGCGAGGGUGGAUCUCGCAACAGCUGAGGUUGCAAAAUGGAAAGUAUCCCUCCCCGCUAUUAAUGCAAGAUACAACUUUGGAUCAGAUGUCAUUGUGGAUUGCAGAUGCCCUUUUGCAAGAUCAGGAAGGUUUCAAAUUAUUAGUUGAUGGGUUAGCCGAGACUGACUACCAUUUAAGACUAUACACUAUACAGCUUUUGGAAUCAUUAGUGGCGAGUCGAGGUACAAGAACUAAGGAAGCCUUGUUAAACAUACCCACUGCAAUGUCCAUAAUAUGCAAUUUAUUAUCUGAUAUCCACGAACCAGUGCGUAAUGAAGCAAUUUUAUUGUUAAUGGCGGUAGUCAACAACAAUUUCAAUAUUCAGAAACUAGUUGCAUUCGAAAACACAUUCGAAACGUUGUUUGAGAUAAUCGAUGAAGAAGGUGGAAUACGUGGAUCCAUCCUUGUUCAAGAUUGUUUAACCUUGAUCACGAAUCUUUUGCAAUUCAAUGCAUCGAAUCAAAAAUUUUUCUUGGAGACUCAGUGUGUUCCUAGGCUAGCGAGAUUAUUAGGCGAGCCGCUUGAGGAAACAGACGAGCUGCAUGAUCUCGAUGAAAAUGAUGUACCCAUUGCUCCACCUCCAAUGGUGUGGACCGAACAAAGGUUGCAGAAUAUGAUAAUCGCUUUGGAAAUAUGUCGGCUAUUGGUUUCUGAAGACAAUGAGUUGGUUGUGCAGAAUCAAGAUAAUUUGUACCAAAAUGGUAUUCACUACAUUCUUUUGAAGCAUGUGUUUUCGCCCCUCACUGAGACUCUGAUUCGCUCAGUUGCAUUGUUAACUACUGCCGAUGCUAUCAGUGGGAACCCUACAAUUCAAUUUGAAAUCUCAAAAAUUGACGUACCGUAUGUGGAUCCAUCUUUACCUUCACAUCUCCAGGCAUACGAUAAGCCUAUUCUGGUCCCCUUAUCCUGGCUUGAUUGGUGUUUAUUCCUCAAUUCGGUACACUUGUUUGAUAUUAGAAUCAGUGCUGCGUUUUGUUUACAAUCUUACUUUCAUGACAAUCAGGAAUCAAAAAUGGCAUUUUUGAAUGACCAGAUAGCAGCAUACACCGAUGAAGACUUUUAUAGGAAUUCCAAAGAGGAUUUACCACAAAUGAAUGGGAGCAGUGUUGCUACACCUUUUGGAAAUGUGUUCAAGGUGUUAAUGGACUAUGAUGCGGAUCUAAAAUUGAACCCGUACAAAGUAUGGUAUGCGGCAGUCAUAUUGAUGUAUGCUUUUGAAGACGAACCUGAGAACAAGGAUGUUGCGAGGGCUUUGAAAACUGGAGACGAGGAAGCCGGAGAGGAGGUUAUGACUUCCGUGCAGGCAAUUUCGGGCUUACUUAUCACCACAUUGAAUGAUAUGGAUCAAAGAAUUGCUGUGGGGUAUUUGAUGCUUCUCACUGUUUGGCUCUAUGAAGAUUUCAAUGCUGUAAAUGACUUUUUGAAGGACGAAUCAAUUGUGCGAUCGUUGUUGAACUUUUUGUCUCACAAUUCAUCGGGUGAAAGAUUGCUUGUUCAUGGAAUGGCUGCUGUAUUACUUGGAGUGGUAUAUGAGUUUUCCUCAAAGGAAUCACCCAUUCCUAGAAAAGAUUUACAUGCUUUGCUUGUCAAGAGCUUGGGUAGAGACAAUUACUCCCUAAAGGUAAAGCAGUUGCUUGCAGAUCCUACAUUCAAGUUCUUUGAUGAGACACUGAACUUUACAUCUAUCCAAGAUGAAAGUGGUUUACCCGACGUUUAUUUUGACUCAAUUUAUGUCAAUUUGGUGAAAGAGAAUUCGUUCCGCAUAAAGAGAGCCUUAUUUCAUGAUCCCGAGGGUGAGCCGAGACGCAAAAUCUCCUACGAGGAUAUCGAGGAACUCGACUUGAGAAUAUCUGAACUCAAGAAAGAAAUUCACGAGGAGAAGCAGAAAAAUUUGGAAAGUGAAUCCACCAUGAGGUCAAAAAUCAAAGAGUUGGAAACAUUGAAAGAGGGCUUACAACAACGCUUGAUGUCAAAUGAAACAGAACUUGACCAAUUGAAAGGAAAACAUAUAGAAGUGGAGGAGACAAUUGCCUCUACACUGAAGGAGCUUGAAGAAGUGACAGUGUUGAAAAACAAACAUGAAGCUUCGUCGAUAAAGUUGCAGAGGGAAUUGGAAAAGAGUUUAAAGAAAGUAGAAACUCUUGAAUCGGAAAAGGCACAUUUGGAAUCACUGUUAAACUCAACAGAACUGGCGAAAGUGAAGCUUGAGACUGGUGUCAACACUAUGACGAAGGAUCUUUUCCAACUAAAGAAGCAAAACAGUGAUGCCGAGGUUAAGAUUAAGAAGCUUGAAAAGGAUUUGAAAAGCACGCAAAGUGAGUCCGAAAAGGCCAAGCGCGCAAAUGAGAAUCAAAUUAACAAACUCAAAGGUGAAAUUGAUAGUAUUAAACAGCGCCUCGUUGAUGAACAAAACGAGCACAGGGAAGCAACUGCAAAGAUAGACUCGUUAAGCAGUAACCUCAAUGCGAAGGAGCUUGAAAUUCAGAAAGCUCAACAGGAAGCAAUAAGUUCCAAGUCCAAAAUUGAAGAGCUUGAUCGGGAAAAGAACUAUUUGGCCAACUCUUUAAAAGAAAAGGAGACAAAACUACAGGAUUUGGCGUUGAAAGUUGAGACUUUGGGUACAGAGAAACAAGCAUUGAAAGUAGAAUCAGAAAAGUUAACGACCAAACUCCAGUCAGCCCGAGAGAAAUUAAUCCAGGCAGAGACCGAUAGUGAAGAGAAAAUAAAGAAGCUCCGGGGUCAGUUGGACGAUUAUGCAUCUCAAGUGGAGAAAUUGGACAAGGAAGUAAAAAGCAUCAAGGAAAAGGCUGAUUGUGUUCCUGAAUUGGAGAAUCGAAAUAAGGAUCUCGAAGGUGAGCUUUCUGAUCUUCGGAAAGAUUUGGAAGCAAACGAAACAAAGUUGACCGAAUUGAGGGAGGUAAAAGAUGCAAACGAAAGACUCGCCAAAGAGGUUGAAGCUAGCAAGACAGAGCAUAAAACAGUUCAAGCGGAUUUGUUAGAAAAACUCCAGAAAUACACUGACGAAAUAGAAGCAGGUAAACUGAAAAUUGCUGAUGGGGAGAAAGUAGAUGCAAAGGCUAAGAAACUUGAAGCCGAACUUGAAUCAUUGAAGGCAAAAUUGGGUAAGCUCCAGAGUGAAUUAUCGGAUAAGGAUUUGAAACUUGAGGAAGGAAAGGCAACGCAGGGCAAGAAUAGUGAUCUCGAGAAAGAGAUUGAGAAGCUUAAAAGUGAGGUAGACAUAUCCAAAGAGAAAGAUGCAAAGUGUAAAGAGCUAAAUAAGGAAAUCGAAAAACUCAAAGAUGAAAUUAAAAAGGGAGGGGCCUUAGAAUCAACCAAUAAAGAACUUCAAAAUACUAUUUCUGAACUCACUCGGGAUCUUGAAGCUUCCAAAACCAAGGUCGAUGAUGAAUCUAAGUUGAAGGAUGAAGUUACAAAGCUCAAAGCGGAACUUGACGACAAGAAAAAGAAAAGUGUCCAUGGCGAUGAGUUGAAGAAGGAAAAUGACCUGCUCAAAGCGCUGCUCAAGAACUCCCAAAAGGAUGCAGAUAGCAGCACUGAAUUACGAAGUGAAAUUGAAAACCUCAAGAGCGAACUUGAAAAGUCAAAGAAAUAUCAAAAGGAACUAUCUGAGGUGAAGAAGCAAGAGCAACGUCUUUCUAAAGAGCUUGACGAAUCCAAAAAGCAAGCAGCCAAUGCUGCAAAGUUUAAAAAACAAAUUGAAAAUCUUACUAAAGAAUUAAAGGAAAGUGGAAAGCACAAGGAUGAAGCCACCAAGUUGCAAGAGGAGAACAAGAAGCUAGUACUGGAACUAGCAGAUGCUGAGAAGCAAAAGCAAGCACUUACUGAACUAGAGCAACAAAGGAUUACGAUCCAUAAAGAGCUAGAAGAUGCCAAAAAGAAUCGAUUAGAUGCUCAAGGCUUGCAGGAUAAAGUGAAGAAGCUUGAAAAUGAACUUGAAAAGAGUAAGAAGCAAAUUCUGGAUAGCUCCACGUUGAAGGUUGAAAUGGAAUCUCUUACAAAGGAUAAAGAAACUCGGCUGAAGGAAAUUGAUAAAUUAAAGAAGCAGAAUGAGGAAUUAGAAGGGCUUGUUAAAUCGGAGAAGGAAAAGGCAGAAAAAGGAUCCAUUGACUAUGCUAACCAAAGCGAUCGAAUUAGGAAAAAGUAUGAGGAUGAGAUGCAACAAGUGGAAAAUAAGUUAAAGAGUUUAGAGGACAAAUAUUCUUCGUACGUCCCGAAAACUGAGUUGGAUGAUUUGGUGCUACUUAUGUCUGAGUUGGAUGACAAGAAUAAGCUGUACAAAUCACGUUUGAAGAAAUUAGGUGAAGCUAUUGCUUCUGAUGAUUCAAGUGAUGAUGAGGAUGAGGAUGAGGAUGAGGAAGAAGAAGAAGAAGAAGAAGAAUAG